AGUAGGGGUAGGGGAAGUCAGCUGAACGGUGGUGGAGGGGUGAGGGUCGAGCGACGAGAAGGGCAACCGCGCGCUCCACGUCGCUCCGCUCCGCGCUGAGCGAUUUAGUUGCGAGUCGAGUCUCACCGCGUCGACGUGUGUCGAGAUAUAUCGCGCGGGAUAACGCUACUGUGAAGUCGUUUUCUUUCUUUUUUUGUUUUUUCGCGUGGGUCGCGCGGGGUACUCCGACGCGACGACGGUCCACCUUCCCUUUUGCUCCUCACAUAUGGUUUGGUGCUUGUGAAAGAAAAAAGGGUGCGUAUCGCGGCGCGUGCACGAGAAAGUGCCCGCUCAACAGCCAGCCUGGUGCAUGGCUCCGCGUCCAAGAGUGUUACCGUUGUCUCGCCGCUGCGACAGAUGUAAGGGAGGGAAAAGUGCGACGGAUCCACGCAGGUGGAUCGCCGAUGAGGAGCCGAUAGUGUGAUAGAAAACAAACAAAAAAAAAGUGGUGUGCUUUCGUCGACGCGUACACGACCGACGGGUGCGAGCGAAAGGAUCGACCGCGAAAGAUGCUGACGUCCAGCGCGAAUCAGUAUCUCCGUCCUGAUCAUUACCUCACGCCGCUACCUACUACGCUGGAUGCGAAGAAGAGUCCACUCGCGCUGCUCGCACAGACCUGCAGUCAGAUAGGAGCGGAUCCACCGUCCAACAAAUCGUUACUAAGUUCCUUGGACAAGACAUCGAGUAGCAGAUCAUCCAAAACUACGGAGCAGUCACGCGAGAAGUCUUCGCCGGCGGUGACGGCGUCAGCCACGGUGCCAACGUCGGCGAGCGAGUCCACGAAGACCAGCUUCAAACCGUACGAAUCCUGCCUGGGACGCGAGAAAGCGUGCACGCCGGACGAGUCGCGAUCAACGUCGAGCCACUCGACGUCCGGCCGAUCGAGGACACCUGGCAAUAGCGGCAAACGAUGCCCGAGCAAUCAGAGCGCCGCGUCGACGCGCGCGGUCACGCCGCAAGGUAGGAAAACGGCGACGCCGAACGGCGAGGUCGGCCGGGGCUCGCCGGCAUCGAGAAGCUCGGCACCCUUGGUGCCAUCGAGCACAGCGGACGCUUCGACGAGUCAGCCAACCGUGAGUAGUCCCUCGUUACAAGUCAAACCCGCCUACAGUCCCGUCAGCGUACUGGCGAUGGCCGAUCCGUCUAUCAAGGAUCUCCCAUUGGGCACGUUCAAGCCCGGCGUCAGUCUACCAGUCUCCACCGCUGCCUACUUGGGCUACAGUCCCGGUCAGCUGCCGAUCGACGUGAUGGCCAAUUCGCUCAUGUCCCAUCACGCCGCCCUGAAGAACGGCAUCAACCCCUAUCUUUACGCGCGAUUGAAAACCAGCGGCGGUCCCGCGGACGGCCUGAUGCCGAUAUGCCGCGAUCCCUUCUGCACCGGCUGCCAACUGAACUCGCACCUACUGUCGAACCCGGCGACGGCCGCGGCAGUGGCCAACAUCACCAAUGGCAAAUUGCCGUCAGGCGCGGGCGCGACGCCGGGUUCCUGUCCGGCCGGGUGCGCUCAGUGCGAUCACAAACCCGGCAGCGUUUCGCCCUACGGGUCGCUCAGCGCGGUUUACGCGCACGCGCAGCUCGCCGCGCUGGCCGCGGGCACCCAACUACCCUACGUGUGUAACUGGAUCGCGGGCGACACCGCGUACUGCGGCAAGAGAUUCACCACGUCCGAGGAGUUGCUGCAGCAUCUCAGAAGUCACACGAACGUGUCGGCGAGCGGCGGCGCGACCGACCCGGCCGCCGCGCUCUCCCUGCUGCCCGGGCCGCCCCCGACGCUGCACCCGACUCAUCCUCUGUUCGCGAGGUCUUAUCCUACGCCACCCUUGAGCCCGCUUGCCACCGCGCGCUACCAUCCCUACGGGAAACCUUCGCCGCUCCUGACACCGUCUCUGUCGACGCUCGGUCUGCCGCUUCCGCCGCCGCCGCCGCCGCCGCAUCCGCACGCGACCGGACUGGCGUACUUCUCGCCGUAUUCUAUCUACGGGUCUCGUCUGGGUGCCACUUCCGGGAUGCAUCAAUGAGUUCUCGGCAACAAGGGUUCUCGCGAGCCGGACGAGUAAGCUCGCGAGACGAGUCGACCGGCGAACUGUGAUUCUGCUACGGAUUUCGAGCACGUGAACGGGGAGCACAUCGGUUCUACUAUACGCGGUGCUUUUGUCACAAAUCUCAGUACAGGAACCUGAAGUCGUAGAACGGAUACCGGAAGCGGUAGGAACGUUCUUCUCGAUUGUACUAUGCGAUAGUAUGCUCGGUGCGUCUUCCGCAAACCUGUACGCUAUAAGCUUUUUUUACCUUAUAAUUGAAAAUCUAAUAUAGAAUCCGAAAGUAAUAUGCACACGAAACAUCCUCUAAUUUUAUCUCUAGGUGCGAAUCAUUACUGUUUCGAUGUUGCAGACAGAUUUGGUAUAUUUUAUAGACACUAAAAUAUUUCAAUACUAUUUUUUUUUUUUUUUUUAAUAGGUCUCGAUGGUAUUCAAGCGUUUUCCUGCGAGCGCUAUUUUCGAUAAAAAGUAAUAUACUAUGUCUGUAUGUUUGGUCUUUUCCUCUCAAAGAGAUAAAAUAUCGUCGUUACCGCGUAUGCCUACCUCAGCUUUGCAAGAGUAAUGAUUCAAUCUUGUCGUUGCAUUUGAAAUACGUUUAGGACGAUUAACCCUCGUUCAGCAGUAUUGAAUAAUGCAUGGGAAGCAACGAGGGAUUUUCUAAAGUUAUCGUUUUUAGAAUAAAUUGUAAAAGUAUAUAAUAUAUAUUGGUUAUUUCUGGUUGCCUUCAAAUAAUCAUUUAUUUUAUUUUUCAUCUUUUUUUAUUUGAUAGUUAUACGUUCGUCGAUCCUUAUUAUUUUACGUAGCACAGUAGUUUAGUUUUACAACAAAAUCAAAAUAAAAGGACUAUUUGAAAUGAACAACUUGUACUAUAUGUGGUUAAACGGGAGAGCUCAGGUAGCGCAUUCCAUGCGACUAAACAUUCCGCUGCCCGAGGGUUAAACGCCUAAUGCAAACGUCGCCGAGUUGACUGCUUUCGUCUGCUGUUCGGCAUUAUCUUUCAGACUCGGUAAUUUUCUUAGCCACUGAGAGAGAGCAUCGAAAACGAAUCGCCGCCUAUCAGUUGAGACCACAGAAGCGACGAAUUUAUGACGAAAGGCCGCAUUGAACGGCAGUGCGCGUCGGAAAGGCCGUACAUUUGAAUGUGUGCAAUUUAAACAGUGCUAUUAAAUUAAUAAACUCUUUUUUCAGAAAGAACCGACAAGAUUUUAAUUUACGAUUAAAAGUUGCGUGACGCGCGCGCGAGAGUAAAUUUUUCGAUAUUUUAUUCGUUCUCUGUCUAUCUGCUCUGUCGGACCGCGUACCUCUCAGUAUCGGAUGACGAGUGCCACACCAAACGUCGAAAAACCAAUGUUUAACUGUGAUUUCCGAGUGAGAAAGUUGAGAGAGAGAGAGAGAGAGGGAGAGAAUGUGCGAUGCGAUGAGCUUCCGUGAAAGAGAUUAUACGCGUGCGAAUGUGUGCAACUAGAAUUUGUUAAUGAAUGCGCAAUUACGGAGAUUUUAUUUCCGAACGAAAGUAAUCGUCGUAAUCGGAUAAAUAGAAAUGAACGUUUUGUCACGUAUCUAUUUCAAUCACUCGGCGAAAUGAAGAAUUUGCUAUAUAUGCGAAUCACUACGAUAAUUUUAGGCAAAAUAAACUUUGUGACAGCGGUGCUUUCUUACGUUUAUUUCAAAAGAAGAAUGUAUAAAAAAUACAUACCAUGUUUCGGCGCGGAAUUUAUUUAUUAUUUAUACUGUUUGAUUUAUAUUGUUACUAGUAUUAUUAUUGCGAAAAGUCAAUUUUUCAAAUAAGAUUUGGAUCACUGAAAUUUUAACACUAUCUUUUAUUUAAAUAUUUUGUACGAGCAGAUGUGCAAAUGUGCAUAAUUAACCUUAUCAUCUGCUUUUUACUUCAUGCAGAUGCAGAAAUAUUAUAUAAUUAAUUGUUUCAGACAUAUAUUGCAUAGUAUUCCUUGUUUGAAAAAUGAAGUUAUGUACUUUUGCUUGGCAUUUCACAUGCACAAAUAUUUGAAUGCCAAGCAAAUAGAGAAACAAUGAAUAUAUGCAAUAUUUUUCAACAUUUUAUUCAUUCGAAAUUGAUCAGAACUGCAGGGGAACAAAUUUAGUUUUCAUCACUUUCGACUGAAAUAUUCUCCGUUUUUGCGAUUGUGGGAAAUAAAUAAUUGAUAUAAUGUAAUAAUCUGCUAUAUAUGUACUAUUUAUAAAUUAUAUCAAUGUCCUACUUCCCUUGUAAUUAUUGUACAUUUGUUUAUAGGUACAUAAACUCUAACAAAUCCCUAAUGAGGAAGCGAAUAGUUCGGAUAUACAUAUAUACAUACGUAUAUAUAUAUAUAUAUAUAUAUAUAUAUAUAUA